AUGCGGACGAGACGGUCGCUACUGCCUGACCCAUACUCUGAGGAAGACCUCAACCAAAUUCGACACGCCCGUGGAACGAAUGCUACACGACGACGAACUGACCAACCGACUGAGCAAAAUAUGGCUCCACAACAACCCGAACAGCCUCAGUUACCUGAGCAACCCGAACCGACCCAGCAGCCUGAGCGAUCUCCGCGAUCUCAACGAUCUGAGCGCUCGGAGCAACCCCCCAAUGAUCAGCAAAACGAAGCUGCUCCAACAAUAGGACUCAAUCCUACCACUAUUAUAACGCUCGCUGAGCUGUUCCAGAGCCUCUCUGACAAGAAGCAGGAGGGACCCAAGAUACCCGAACCUAAGCCCUAUACAGCAAAGAACACUUAG